AUGCCUCCUUGGGGACAGGCUCCUGCCCCGGCGGUCCCCGCCAAGGCUGUCACUCCUUCUGGAAACAGUUAUCGCCAGCGGGAGGCGACCCAGUUUAGGGGUGUCACGAAGACCUCCGGGACUAAUUCGGGGCUCGAGAAGUUUGACGUGCAGUUUGUGUUCUGCGACCACGGCACAAAGAAGCACCCCAAGAUAUAUGGAUUUGGGAGUGCAGGGGCGGCUGCCUGUGCCUUUGACAUUCUGACCUGCAAACGAGCGCUGGAGAAGGGGAGGACGGUGGCUGGCGUGCUGGGGAGCGCAGUGAGUCUGGCCACAAAUCACCCGUCAACUAACUACCAGAAUGAUGAGCUGCUGACACUGCUGUCGAACAUCACACGAGACGACGUCAUCUAUGGGCUCAAAAUCUGUGCGAAGAAAGGGUAUCUGCUCGGCAGCUCGCUGGUCGAAGAGUUGAGAGAUGGCGUGAGCACGGCCCAGAGAGAGGCGGCGGAGCGCGGCAAGCAGGGCGAGGCGCGCCAGAGCUACGAGCCGUCCGCCAAGGAGGCGCUGCGCCUGGCGGCCAGCCUGUCGCCGGAGCUGCAGCCGGCGCUGGACCUGGUGCGGCUGUGGGGCAGCCUGCAGCCAGGGGCCAAGGCGCUGGCCGACCCGCCGGCGGUGUCCUGGUACUACCCCAGCCUGAUGCACAUGCUGGACGGGGCGGGGGAGGCGGGGCUGGAAGCGCCCGCGGAGCAAGACCUCGGCCAGCUCAAGCGCGCGCGGCUGGAGCUGGGGGAUGGGGCCUCGCCCGCGCAGACCUGA